AUGCGUAUCACUACUGUGCUCGUUGCUGCUGGCCUCACUCUAACUCAAUCAGCUACGGCUAAAUUCUUGCAUCGGCGGUUUGAUACGAACACUGGCUACUUCAGGGUGCCAGAAUCCGUCAAAGGAACUGGGGAAUGCGGAAUACAAUGGACACCGGAUAAAUACUUGGUCCUCAUGGCUCUACAGCAAUAUAGAAACGGCACACACACCAAUUGUGGCAGGAACGUCAUUGUCCGUACCAAAUUCAACGGGUCAUCCAAAGCGGCCGUCGCAAAAGUUGUCGACUAUUGCGCUGAUUGUCCGGAUCGCGAUCUUGAUCUAAGUGCGGCUCUAUAUGACUUCCUUGCACCGGAAGGAACAGAUCCUAAGAAGAACCACCCACUCUUGAAUGGCACAUGGGAUUGGUUGUGA